AUGGCUACAACCACCUCGAUCCCCCCUCUGCCAGCCUUCCAAUCUCUCAAGCCCCCACCCGCCCUCACUCCCUCCAUCCAAGCCCUCACCUCAACCCUCGGUUCCCUCUACCGCCUCACCAUCUCGCACACCUCGCGCCAGUUCGUAGGGACGUUCGUCUGCGUCGAUCCGCAGGGGAAUAUCGUGCUGGACCAAGCUGUCGAGUACGAGCUGGAUGAGCAGGGAAGCGUGAGGGGAGAGGGGAGGAAAGUGGGAUUGGUGAUGGUCCCGAGGAAGUGGUGGACUAGGGUUGAGAGGAUGCGGACGGAGGAGGAGCUCGAGGUGGAGUGGGCUGCCGGGGAGGAAGAGCGGAGAAAGGAGCUGCAGCAGGAGGGGUGUAGGCCGUCGUGA